AGCAAAGACUACACUACACGUUUUCUUUCCCUCCAAGGGGGAGCAACUUUACUUGUAUCUCAUCCAGAUCAUGUCCACAAAUUGAUGCACCUCCCCAGUGCCCACCUGGAUACAAUGAAGUGCGGGAGAACUCGACCUGCGGGUUGUAUUGUCGAGAUAUCGUGGGCUACACAUGGCGCUGUCCGUGCAAUGACUGGAUGUCGUGUGCCGUGAAAGAGAGAUACUUGUGGGGAUGUGCCAGUGGCUACUACAGUAGCUUCAGAGUUCGCGAAUGCUCGCAAGGUUUGUUUGUAGUGUGUUAUCGACCGACCCACCAACCCACUGACUGACCGACCAACCCACCGACUGACCCACCAACCCACUGAAUGACCGACCAACCCACCGACUGACCCACCAACCCACUGAAUGACCGACCAACCCACCGACUGACUGACUGACCGACCGACCGACUGAUCCACCGUCUGACCGUCCAACCCACUGACCGUCCAACUCACUGACUGACCGUCCAACCCACUGACUGAUUGUCCAACCCACUGGCUAACUGACAAGCCAGCUGAUGGACAAACAGACUAACUAACCAACAUACAACCAGCCGACGGAACAACCAACCAAUCCACUGGCUAACUGACAGGCCAGCUGAUGGACCGCCUGACUGAAUGACCAACGAACUGACUGGCCAGUCAACCUACCAACCUACCUACAGUCUUGCAUCACUGACUGACAAAACACAUUCAUGUUUUAAUAAGUAAUCUGGACUUUGUUUAUGAAUGACUUUGCAACUUGCCUACGUUCAUUUCUAGUUUUGAAUACAAAGUGAUGUGAGCUAUAUUUAUUUUAUCUUCUUCAGACGUAAGGCCUGGUCGCUGUCCUAACAAUGGAAGCCAAGGAUCUCAGAAUUGUAACAGUGACGCAAAUUGUCCGAAUAGCGAAAAAUGCUGUAACUCAAAGUGUACAAAACCCCUCUCACUAGGUAAGUAUGAUUCUACUUUGUGUCUUUGUUCUUACGGGAUAGUUCUUCUGUCCAUACAGCUCCUGUAAUGUAAGGAUCACCUUUUAUUGAUCCAGCGUUACUACAGAAGGAAAACUAAACUAACUUUAUUUAUACUUUAGAUAGCUCUAUCAAUUCUAAACUGUUCUUCCUAGAGAUCCUGCAAGGGUCAUCUCUCAUUGAUCUAGUGUUACUACAGGAGGAAACCUAAACUAAACUAACAUUAUUAAUACUGGAUAUCUCUAUCAGUUCUAAACUGUUCUUCAUAGCGAUCCAGUAAGGAUCAUCUCUUAUUGAUUUAGUAUUACUACAGGAGGAAACCUAAACUAAACUAUACUUUAUUAACACUAGAUAGCUCUAUCAGUUCUGAACUGUUUUUCCUAGAGAUCCUGUUUUUCCUAGUGAUCCAGUGUUACUACAGGAGGAAACCUGAACUAAACUAAAUACUGAAUAGUUCUAUCAAGUUAAACAGCCCUUCAUUCAAUUUUAUAUUCAAAUUAUAUCUAGACACUCAUCCGUGCCGGCAAAACAACGGUGGUUGCGACCAGCUAUGUUUUGGGGUACCUGGUGGACACAAAUGUGGCUGCAAGAAUGGCUUUUAUUAUGAUGAAAGUCAAUCUAAAUGUGUCCUCGAUACAAGACCUACAACCGUUCCACCAUCAUCAUCACCAUCACCACCUAGUCAAGGUAAGCUGAAUUUUUGUUGAAGGAUUUCGUUGAUGGAAAUUUCGUGUGUGAAUUUUAAACGUACAAUCAUUUAUUUGGGCCUAACCAGGAGGAAUUCAAUUGCGAAAAAUGCAACUACAGGCCCUCUGGCAAGAAUCGAACCUGAUUGUUACCACAGGAGGAAACCUAAACUUAACUAACUUUAUUUAUACUAGAUAGCUCUGUCAGUUCUAAACUGUUCUUCCUAGAGGUCCAGUAAGGAUCAUCUCUUAUUGAUCCAGUGUUACUACAGGAGGAAACCUAAACUAAACUAACUUUAUUUAUACUGGAUAGCUCUAUCAGUUCUAAACUGUUCUCCCUAGAGACCCAGUAAGGAUCACCUCUUAUUGAUCUAGUGUUACUACAGGAGGAAACCUAAACUUAACUAACUUUAUUUAUACUAGAUAGCUCUAUCAGUUCUAAACUGUUCUUCCUAGAGGUCCAGUAAGGAUCAUCUCUUAUUGAUCCAGUGUUACUACAGGAGGAAACCUAAACUAAACUAACUUUAUUUGUACUGGAUAGCUCUAUCAGUUCUAAACUGUUCUUCCUAGAGGUCCAGUAAGGAUCAUCUCUUAUUGAUCCAGUGUUACUACAGGAGGAAACCUAAACUAAACUAACUUUAUUUAAACUGGAUAGUUCUAUCAGUUCUAAACUGUUCUUCCUAGAGGUCCAGUAAGGAUCAUCUCUUAUUGAUCCAGUGUUACUACAGGAGGAAACCUAAACUAAACUAACUUUAUUUAAACUGGAUAGUUCUAUCAGUUCUAAACUGUUCUUCCUAGAGGUCCAGUAAGGAUCAUCUCUUAUUGACCCAGUGUUACUACAGGAGGAAACCUAAACUUAACUAACUUUAUUUAUACUAGAUAGCUUUAUCAGUUCUAAACUGUUCUCCCUAAAGUUCCAGUGAGGAUCAACUCUUAUUGAUCUAGUGUGAUCUUUCAUUGAUCCAGGGAUCAUAUUCAUCUCUUAUUAAGAUCCAGUGAUCUUAUUCAUCUCUUAUUGAUCCAGUGAUCCAGGAAACCUAAACUAAACUAACUUUAUUUAUACUAGAUAGCUCUAUUAGUUUUAAACUGUUCUUCCUAGAGUUUACAGUAAGGAAAUUCCGAUCACUGGGCAUGACUAGAUGGCAUUACGGCUUUUGAGGCCAUCGUCAAUAAACGAAAUGGAAUUUGUGUAAUAAAUUUAUGUAACUUUGUUUAGGUUGCAGGCCACAUCCAGCACCUGAGCACGGCUCGGUCACGUGUGAUGGUGACCCUGUGCCACAGUGGGGAGAAUGUAAUUUCACAUGUGACCCAGGGUACGAAUUAAUAGGAUGGUCCUGGGAUAUAUGUUAUAAUGGUAAAUGGAUUGAUGAUACACCGACAUGCAAUAGUAAGUGGUACUAAACUAAUUCAUACUGGAUAACUCUAUCUGUUCUAAACUGUUCUCCCUAGAGGUCCAGUAAGGAUCAUCUUUUGUUGACCCAGUGUUCUACAGAAGGAAACCUAAACUAAACUAACUUUAUUUAUACUGGAUAACUCUAUCAGUUCUAAAUUGUUCUCCCUCCAAUUUUUCUACAGGAGGAAGCCUAAAUUAAACUAACUUUAUUUAUACUGGAUAACUCUAUCAGUUCUAAACUGUUCUCCCUAAAGAUCGAGUAUAAGGAUUAUUUCUUAUUGAUCCAGUGUUACUACAGAAGGAACCUAAACUAAACUAACUCUAUCAGUUCUAAACUGUUUUCCCUAGAGGUCCAGUAAGGAUCACCUCUUAUUGUAGUCUUAAACUCCGCAUAAAACCGGAAACACCCCUCUCAUAUUUUGUUCCUUGUGAUGAACCACCAUUUCUUUUUUCUUUUAGUAAGCACCAAACCGACAUUCUCUCAUUGUCCCAAAGAUACAUACGUUCCCACAGACCCAGGAAGAAGUUACGCAAUGGUCCAUUGGACAGUUCCUACAGCCACAGACAGUGAUGGAGCGAAUCUAACAGUUGUCAUUACGCCCACUGCCUUUUCUCCCCCAGCGAAAUUGGACAUUGGAUGGCACUAUGUUUAUUUAACCGCGUCGGACAAAUUUGGAGAAUAUGUAUAUUGCUAUUUUUAUUUUAUAGUCGAAGGUUAGUUUUCUUCAUUGCGCUACGCCCAAUUUGUGCUCGAGACUUGGCCAGCGAGUCGGUUGUUUGGUGAGUCAGUAAGCCCGUCUGCCCGUCCAGUAAUGAGACUUCGGUGGCACAAUUGUCAGCAAGCGGCUUUCACCUCUGAGAUCGUGGGUUCGAUUCUCGCUACGGACUCAUGACACUCAUGUGAAAAGAGUCAGUCAACGCUCUAUCGAAAGUCGUGGGUUUUCUUCGGGUACUCCGGUUUCCUCCCACAGGAAAUGUUGACAGGGUGGGUUGGGAUUAUCCCCCUAACUGACCCUUCCACCAUAGCUGUGCUCCGUGAUCAGACAUGCCUCAUAAGGUGCCUGCCAGGAGCGCCCUUGGAAUGCCUUGAGCAGUUGGGCUUGAUGAGGUUGAGCUGCGUCCCUCGUAAUUCAGCUUGGCUCUCAGCUGCAACUGAGGAUGAUUAGCACACCCCACACUCCACUUAUUUACUAAGUGCCUCGGAUCAAUGCAUGAUUCCAGCUAUAUAGACGAAAUUUUGAACUAGACAAGGAGAACGAAAUCCAUUACCGUAGCUGGAAAGAACAUCUUAAAAUGAGUACAACUGCAAAGUUUGGUUGCGAGUUGUUGUAAAAUGAGGAAGAUACAAAUUUUGAAAAUAUUUGCAUUACGCAGGGGGAAGAUAAGGUUAUUUAUACUGCGCGUAAUACAAAUAUAUACAAAAUUUGCGAACUCCACAGGGCUUUCUUCAUUUUACAACAUUUAGCAACCAAUCUUUGCAGUUUUACUCAUUCUAAGACGCUCUUUCUAGUUGUGGUGUUGGAUUUCGUUCUUCUUGCCUUGAUCAAAAUUUAGUCUAUGGCUGCAUGGAAUCAUCCAUUAGGCGACACACCCGGUAUAAUCGAGUAGUGUCGGUUAACCGAGUCAAAUCCGAGCCCGAGUCAAGUCCGAGCCCGAGUCAAAUGUCCGAGUCAUUGUUUAAUCGAUGGUCUUUGCAGUUCAAUGACUUAGUACCCUAAUCCUAACCAUAAUCCCACUCCUAACUUACCCUAACCCUAUUCAACUGUGAAUUUUAUUCAAUUUCGGAGUUUGUCGGUUACUGGCCGACUCAAAUCUGAGGUUCGAGUCAAAUGUCCGAGUCACUGUUUAACUUUCUUUGUCGAUAAAAUGACUUAGUACCCUAAACCUACUCCUAACCCUAUUCGACUGUGAAUUUUCUUCACUUUCGUCUUUUUUUUUACGCGACUCGGGCAUUUGACUCGGGCUCGGGACUGACUCGGACUUGACUCGGUAAAUGGAUUUACUCCGGUAUAAUCGAUUCCUGCCCGAGGGACUAUAGUUGCAUUUUUCCUAACAGCUCCUGGUUAGUUCAAAUAAAUAAAUAAAUAUAUAUAUACAUUUUCACUCGAUACUUUCUAUGGUAAUUAUAAUGAACUGAUCAGUAUACAGUAGGUUGGUGGCGAGCCCCGACACUAAAUAUUUAUCAUGAUUAUUUAACAAUUAUUCGCCGAAGGCGAGGUGAUUAUCGGUGAUUAUUUCAUGAUUGACUCGGUUUUCUUUGACGUACCGCGGGCUUUAUCUACCAUAAAGCCCUUGAAUACCAUAAAGCCUAAUUAGUCCAGAAAUAAGGGAGAAAACUAGAAAAAUACUUGUCGAAAUCGAAAAAAAAGAAUAAAACUUUGUUAGAAAACCUCUUCAAUCAUGAAAUAAGUCAGUUAAAUACCUCGAAUGUCGGGCUUUAUGCUAUAUAAAGCCCUCGAACGCUUCGCGUUCUCGGGGCUGUAUAUAGCAUAAAGCCCUCCUUCUCGGUAUUUAACUCUCAGUACAUAAAAACCGAGACAAAGUCGAGGUUUUUAUUCACGAUAAUCUCCGAGCCUGAGGUGAAUAAUUGUUUUAGUAUAAUUUCAUAGGUGAUUAUUUGGAAAAAAUAAGAAAAUACACAUUUCUCCAUCAUUUAAUUGACAAAAAGGCUUCGGCCGCCAUUUUGAAAAUCGCUUAGGUGAUUAUCGUGUAAUAAUCACCUCAACGGCAACCAAUCAGCGUGGAGAAUUUUCAAUAAUCACCUCUGUAAUUAUACUAAUUAUUAUUAUUACAGAUCGAGAGCCGCCGAGCUUUGGUUCAAGCUGUCCAGAUAACAUCACAUUAUACACAGAAAAUGAUUUUGCUAUCCGCUUGCCUUCUUCUAUGAAGACGCCAGCAGCCACAGACAAUGUAAAACCACCCAAUGUUUAUAUUACGGGCUUUCCUUAUGACUCGUUUUUCCGUGUUGGUACCACCAUGGUCAAUCAUACUGCCGUUGAUGCUGCAGGCUUGUCUGCAAGUUGUAUUUAUUUUGUCACUGUUGUCGGUAAGUAAUGUAUUGUUAGUAUUAUAACAAAGAUUGGGGUCCAGUGUAGGUAGUAUUCUAUAAUAAGCUGUCGUGGUUUGUGUCUGAACUACCUGAAAAAGAUAUCUCAAACGUGGUGGUCCAGUGUAGGUAGUAUUCUACAAUAAGCUGUCGUGGUUUGUGUCUGAACUACCUGAAAAAAGAUAUCUCAAACGUGGUGGUCUAGUGUUGGUAGUAUUCUGCAAUAAGCUGCCGUGGUUUGUGUGUGAACUACCUGAAAAAGAUAUAUCGAACGUGGUGGUCCAGUGUAGGUAGUAUUCUACAAUAAGCUGCCGUGGUUUGUGUGUGAACUACCUGAAAAAGUUAUCUCAAACAUGGUGGUCCAGUGUAGGUAGUAUUCUACAAUAAGCUGCUGUCGUUUUUUCUGAACUACCUGAAAAGAUAUCUCAAACGUGCAUGGUGGUCCAGUGUAGGUAGUAUUCUACAAUAAGCUGCUGUGGGUUUUUUCUGAACUACCUGAAAAAGAUAUCUCAAACGUGGUGGUCCAAUGACCCAAGUUGACUUUAGUUUUUCUUAACACCAAUUCAAUUCUGACGUGUUUCCUUAAACCUCUUUCCAGACGUUUGCCUCGGUGUGUCGUGUACACACGGUUCGAAAUGCGUCCUGGACACUACAUCUGGGACCUCUCACAUGUGUGCCUGCAACUCUAUAUGCCCGCAGAAUCACGACCCUGUUUGCGGGUCAGAUGGUCAGACUUACAGUAACGAAUGUCUCAUGAAUGUGUCACGCUGUACGACGCAACGAGCAAUCACGGUUGUCAGAAGAGGAAAUUGCAGAGGAGGUAAUUAUUAUUUUUGUCGCCUGCACCCAGCGUUCAGUGCUGUAGAACUGAAAUUAGAGAGUUUGAGCAAGACAACGAAUCCGGACGACGACGACGUGGUUGACAUUUUUUGCCUGCCUUGCACAUUACCUUGCGCAUUCUGAGUUUAGGGUCAGGGGUGAAGACAGAUUAGAGAUUCAUGUCUAGCUGUUUGUGAAUGCUGACCCAAUCGUUACCCUGAUCAGGACAAAACAGUGAGACAUGAAUCCAUAUCCCGUCUUCGUUCUUCUGCCUUCGUUCACAACGAAUAUUUUGGCAAAAUUCGUUGUGUACUUCGUUCCGAACGAAGGCAGAAGGACAAAGACGGGAUAUAGUUUCAUGUCUCGCUGUUUCUUUUCUGGGUCAGGGCAAGAAUUAGGGUCAGUAUUCAUAAACAGCGACACAUGGGAAGACACGUUGUUGUCAAGUACGCCUUCGUCUUCGUUGUCUUGCUCAAACUUUCUAUUCUAACAAGGGGGACUCUUGCAGGGACUUGGCCCCUCAAGUCGACAUGAGAUUUUAACAGCUGGAGAGGGGGGUCUACACCCCUGAGUCCGUUCUAUGACAUAGUGAGCUCUCUAUAUAUAGAUGAGUCAUGUCUUCAGUCAUUCGACCGAUAUGAGGAAAUUGAAGCCAAGAUGGCGGAACACCGCGGAAAAACGUCUGCGCAUGCACCAAAUUAUGAAAAUAUGGCGGGGAAUUUGAAUAUCAAUUUCUAAAACAAAAACAUGCUUAUUAAUUGGUCAAAAAUUAGUAAAACAAGCGAGAAAAUAUGGCAAAUGGGUAGACUAGAUAUUAAUUGAAAGCGUCCUGGCAUUUAAAGUAUGGAAUGAAAUAUAAUUCAUGUAAAAAAUUGUUGAUUUUAACGGACACGACUUCGAAAAUUUUUGCAAAAUUAUUCAAAACAAAAAUUCAAACUAAAAAGUUAAGAAAACUCUCGAAAAGUUAAGCUUCUUAAUCCACUCAAAUUGUAGAAUAAAUCCUAAAGUUUAAUUAUUGUGAACACGAAAAUUUUUUAUAUUUGGCGACACAGUUUUUUUUAAAGAAAUGUAUCUCAAACGAAAAUUCGGAAAUUGUCGUUGCUUAGUUGAUAAACAAAAUGUUUCAGACGAUAAAUUUGUCAACAAUCACCUUUAGUUGAUGUUCUUGUACAAUACAAUUUCUUGAACCAUCUGGCUGAAUUUAUUCCUAGUUUUUAGAAUGACAUGUUUAUUUUUGCGCUCGAAAUCUGGCUGUAAAGACGCACAAUGAAGUCACUCCAUUUUACCGCCAUUUUGAGCCUUCGGAAACGUUCGGAACAGCUUCUCAUCAAGUUCGCAAUACUAUUACAGGUAAGGUUGACGCAUGCGUAGUCGUUUUUCUGCGGUGUUAGAUGGCGGUAACUGAGGUCCAGUUCUUAUAUCGUCAGAACAAGCGCCAUUCACCUUUGAAAUUGUGGGUUCCAUUCUCGGGAAUGUUGACGGGGUGGGUUGGGAUUAUCCCCCUUACUGACCCUUCCACCGUAGCUGUUCUCCGUGAUCAGACAUGACUCAUAAUAAGGUGGCUGCCAGAGGCGCCCUUAGAAAGCCUUCGACUCGAUCAGGUUGAGCUGCGUACUUCAGCAGUGCAGCUUAGCUAUCAGCAAGGGUGGGUUGACUACAGAAUAUUUGUAGUUCGCUAUAUACUACAGCUACUUCAAAAAUAUGUAGUCAGCUACAACUACUGCUACUUAUGAACAAAGGUAGUUCGCUACUACAUGACUACAGUUAUUGCUUAAAAAAUGUAGCGAACUAUUUCGCUACCCUAUAUUUUUUAGUUUUACUGUAUUUGGAGUAUCUACUAACUCGGGCUGUAAUGUAACCUAUAACAAAUCGACUUACGAGUGGCAACAGUAAACACAAAGCAACAUUUUUGUAAGCGCUACAGUGUUCAGGAGUGCAAAUUGACUAUUGAGGAUCGAUUUUAAGCAAACAAUGUUUCAAUAUCAUGCUAUCCUAUCAAGUUGCUAACAAUUUUAAAAGUAGCGAAUAGCGAUUCGCUGUUUGAAAAGUAGUCAACUACUUGGCUACUUUUAGGCAAAAUGUAGUUCGCUAUAACUACAGCUACUUCGCUACUACCCACCCUUGGCUAUCAGCUGCAAGUAAGGACGACUACUACAUACUCUACUUACCUAAUUAUACAUUAUUUCAGACGAGGAUUGCAACACAAAAACAUGCACGAACGGAGAAACGUGUUCAGUUGUUGCGGGUAAAGCCCAGUGUUCGUGCAUCUUUGCGUGUUCCGAGGUUAAUGAUCCAGUCUGUGGCUCUGACAUAAAGACUUACAACAAUGAAUGCAAGAUGCGUGCAACUGCUUGCAGAACAAAGACAAACAUCACUCUUCAUGUGAAGGGAAAAUGCGGUUAGUUUGUUCACAGUUAGAAAUAAUUCAAUUUUAUACUGGAUAGUGGUUAGUUCUAUCAGUUCUAAACUGUUCUCCCUAUAGGUCCAGUAAGGAUCAUCUCUUAUUGAUCCAGUGUUGCUACAAGAGGAAACCUAAACUAACUUAGUUAAGUUUUCUUAAUUCUGGAUAGCUCUAUCAGUUCUAAACUGUUCUUCCUAGAGGUCCAGUAAGGAUUAUCUCUUAUUGAUCCAGUGUUACUACAGGAGGAAACCGAAACUAAACUAACUUUAUUUAUACUGGAUAGCUCUAUCAGUUCUAAACUGCUCUCCCUAGAAGUCCAGUAUGGAUGAUUCGUUAUUGGUCCAGUGUGAAUACAAGAUGAAACCUAAUCUAAACUAACUUUUAGGACAGCUUUAUCAGUUUUUAGGGUCAUCCCUUAUUGGUUCACCGUUUGUCCAGCUUUCAUUUAAUAAUCCCAUUCAAUUCAGCAAGACAAAAUGAUCCAUGCAGGCUAGUCCCAUUUGUCGAACUUGUCCCAAUAGGCUGAUUAACACUAUCAACGUUUCUGUGAUCACAGUAGGAAUUUUGCAUCGGUAAAUUCUACGUUUUGAAAGAUUUCUAAGAAAUCUUUGAGGGAACUGAUUUGGUGUUUAACAGUGUAACAGUUCCCUCAAGCAUUUCUUACAAAUCCUUCAAGACGUAGAAUUUACGUAUGCAAUAUUCCUAUUGUGAUCACAGAAACUUUGAUACUGUAGUGUGAACCAGUCUUAUGAUUUGGUCACAAGAGUUACCCAAAUCAUACAAACCAGGCUUUACCAUGAUGAUAUAAGAAAACAUGACAUUUAUUUUUACACUUUCUCUUUCAGACGACUGCAAACCAUUGAGAUGUGAGUAUGGAUCAACAUGCGAGGUUGUGAAUGGCGAAGCAAAAUGUGAAUGUGAUUUCCCAUGUUCUGGUAGCUCGACUCAAGUUUGUGGCUCAGAUGGAGUAACUUAUGCACAUAAAUGCGCCUUGCAGAAAGAACAAUGCGCUGAGCGGAGAGUGAUCAGUGUCAUUAAGGAUGGACCAUGCGGUAAGUUGGUUAUGUAAUCCAUGAGAUUAAAACUCAUUCAGACGAGACUGGGCGUAUUUGGAAACAUACGCAGAUUGUCGGAUGUGUUUACAUGGGAUUUCGUACAGGAUUUCAUGCGUUUACAAGGCUCAACCCUAAAUGUGCUGUGCUGUGCUGCGCUGCGCUGUGCUGCGCUGUGCUGCGCUGUGCUGCGCUGUGCUGCGCUGCGCUGUGCUGUGCUGCGCUGCGCUGUGCUGCGCUUUGUGGCUGGACUGUGCUGUGCUGUGCCGCGCUGUACUGUACUGUACUGUACUGUACUGUACUGUACUGUACUGUACUGUACUGUACUGUACUGUACUGUACUGUACUGUACUGUACUGUAAUGUACUGUAAUGUACUGUACUGUACUGUACUGUACUGUACUGUACUGUACUGUACUGUACUGUACUGUACUGUACUGUACUGUACUGUACUGUACUGUUAAAACUACAUAAUUAUUACAUAUUUAAGAGUAUUUACAUUUCUAAAAACGUACUUAUUUACUGUUUAUCUUUAAAAUACUUUGAGGCAAAAACGAAUUCUUAAAACGUUCAGUUCUACAAACAUAAUUAUGAUAUUUACAUAUUGGUCUUAGAUCGUAUCCAGAUAAAAUUGUUUGUGGUAAAAGAUCUUUGAGUUUUUCAUUGUCGAUAUUCUUCUCAAAGAAAUGUUCGCAUAACCUUUCACGGCGAUCCCUCAGCGACGUGAUGUUGGUCGUCAUCUUGUCAACAAUAUUGAACAGUAUUAUUGAGCCUGAAUCGGGUGUAACAAUAUUGUUCAAUAUUGUUGACAACUGUGAACAAUGUGGGCAUUGUUCAAGCCUGUUUUCAUCAACCAUUGCAACAACCUGAUCGUUUUUAGCCGUGUACCAUAUUGUACUUACGUCCACUGCACCGUACUCCAAAUAAUGUAUUGUACUGCACAGCACGUCCUCGAUGUCAAUAUUAGAAGAACAUUUCCCUUUGCUUUUCAAAGUUACAUCUAUGCUAUUUCUUCAAUGAUAUGUAGGCUGUCCUGAGUUGCUCCUGGAAGCAGAGGAUUUCAAAAAAUCAAGCAAAAUAGCGUGUGAUAGCUCCCUGAAAUGUAAAAUAACAUGCAAGGAUAACUACAAUGCAGCGAUUCCAGAUUUCCUAGUGUUACAAUGUUAUAACAAUAAAUGGAUACGCCAAAACAGUGUUGAAAAAUAUGUCACCCUUGCGGACGUGAAUCCUCCAAGAUGCUACAGUAAGUUCAAGAAGAGUUUCUAUUAUAAUCUUGCUGUAUGAAGAGAGCUCCCAGCUUGAUUCAACAAAACAAGUUUGUCCAGUUAUACUAGUUUCCUCCUGUACAAGGAGGACAGGUUGGAACUGAUAGAGCUAUCCAGCAUAAAUAAAGUUAGUUUAGUUUAGGUUUCUUCCUGUAGUAACACUGGAUCAAUAAGAGAUAUCCUUACUGAACCUCUAUAGGGAGAACAGUUUAGAACUGAUAGAGCUGUCCAGCAUAUAUAAAGUUAGUUUAGUUUAGAUUUCCUCCUGUAGUAACACUGGAUCAAUAAGAGAUGAUCCUUACUGGACCUCUAGGCAGAAUAGUUCAGAACUGAUAGAGCUAUCCAUGCAGUAUAAAUAAAGUUAGUUUAGUUUAGGUUUCUUCCUAUAGUAACACUGGAUCAAUAAGAGAUGAUCCUUACUGGACCUUUAGGAAGGACAGUUUAGAACUGAUAGAGCGUAUUCAGUAUAAAUAAAGUUAGUUUGGUUUAUUACCUCUUGUCAGUGGUAAUACUGGAUCAAUAAGAGCUAAUCUUUACUUGACUUCCAGGGGGAACAGUUUAGAACUGAUGUCUAGUAUAUACAUCGUUUUCUAAAGUAUUGUCUACUAUUAAUAUUAACUUAUUUAAAUAUUCGUUUUUCAGUGUCAAACAAUCCAACAGGUUCAGACUGUCCAAGCGGUUCUAUGUUGACGUACAGAGGCAAAUGUGGUAAUUAACUCCUAUAAUAAAACAAUAACUAAGCAUUAAAAAACUUUUAUGUCUAUGUAAUUGUACAAUUCUUCUAGUUUACAGAAGCAUAGAAUGGCACAAUAAUAACUAAGCAUUAGAUAACUACACACCUAGUUAUCGUUGUUCUAAUUCACAGUAAACUAGAACAGUGCCACCGCUUAUCCCUACUAACGCCAGUUUUCUAUUUCAAUCGUAACGUAACGUAAUAAUAAAUAAUAAUAAUACAGUUUUAGGAGCAUCCUACAGAGUCUCGAUGCUCUUACAAGGAUCAAAUCUUAUAAUUUAUAUUAUAUUAUAUUAUAUUAUAUUAUAUUAUAUUAUAUUACAUGUAUGCAAUUACUGAAAUAUAUAAAAACUUGCUAUCUAGUCAAAGUAUUUCCUAAAAAGAUGUGUCUUUACUAAGCCUUUAAAAAUACUUAAUGAACUUGAGAGACGAAUAUAAUCAGGUAGAGAGUUCCACAGCUUAGGAGCACUCACUUGGAAUGCUCUCUCACCAUACGUCUUAGUGUUUGAUUGCGGAACAGCUUGUAAAUUCUGUGAUGUUGAUCUCAAAGUACGUUUAGGCUUAUAAACGUCUAAAAGUUCUGUUAUACAGGGUGUAUCAAAAAAAACUGAACAGAUUUGAAAUUGCUCUCAAUUUCGCACCGAUUUGUAUCCGGUUUUUUAUAGAUAUAGCUUCGUUGGGUACUUAUAAUGUAGAAUAAUGAAAAAAAUUUCUUGAACUCAAAUAUUGUGAACCAGGGGGGUGUGUCUUUUCCAACAAAAUAAAAAUGGCUUGCGCACAAAAUUUAAAAGCUGUAAUCAUAUUUUGAGUUAAUAGAUGGAAAAUUUGUCGGGUUUUUAAUUACUGUACAAAAUUUCAGACAAUUUGGUUUAGGUUAAGCCGUUUAACUAUUCACGCAAAGUUACAUUUUUCCUAAAAAUCAGCUAUUUGCAUGCUUAAUUAAUGCAUUUGCCUAAUUUGCAUAUGUUAGCAAUAUGCAAAUUAGGUAAAUGCAUUAAUUAAGCAUGCGAAAGGCUGAUUUUUUAGAAUAAAAUGAAUAGUUAAGCGGCUUAAACUAAACCAAAUUGUCUGAAAUUUUGUACACUGGGUAAUCAAAAACCAAACAAAGUUUCCAUCUAUUAACUCAAAAUAUGAUUAAAGCUUUUAAAUUUUGUGCGCAAGCCAUUUUUAGUUUGUUGGAAAAGACACCCCCCCCCUGGUUUACCAAAUUUGAGUUUGAGAAUUUUUUUUCAUUAUUCUACAUUAUAAGUACCCAAAGAAGCUAUAUAUAUAAAAAACGGGAUACAAAUAGGUGUUUUGCGAAAUUGAGAGCGAUUUCAAAUCUGUUCAGUUUUUUUUUAUACACCCUGUAUAGUCCGGUGCUUGGUUAUUAAGGGCCUUGUAAGUAAUAAGCAGAAUCUUAAAAUCUAUUCUGGCCCUUAUAGGCAGCCAAUGAAGUUGUUUCAAUAUCGGGGUGACGUGAUCAUAUUUCUUUCCUCCGACUACAAGUCUUGCAGCAGCGUUCUGUAUACGUUGUAGUUUGUCAAUUUCUACAGCUAGUAGCCCAAACAGAAUACCGUAGAAAAUGCUACCAUUUUCUUUUGUGUCGAAGUUAUUAGUUCCACUCUAGUGCUCAGGAAACAAAGAAAUACGCUACGUUUCGGUACGAUACGAUUGAAGUGGAAAACUGGCUGUCAACCUCUGUCAAAUGUAACCAUGCAUUAAUAUAUAUUACCAAAUCUAUUUUCCUCUCUAGUGCCAUGCCCCCCAGGCAGUUCGUAUGACGCAAGUAAAAAAUCAUGUGUGCCGUGUAAAGUGACGAUGUACCAGGAGGAGUCUGGAAAAACCUCGUGCAAGAAAUGUUCAUCAGGAAAGACCUCUACAACCACAGGAGCUGAGAACUGCUACUUUGAUCAUGGUAUAAUUUUUUUUUUUUAAUUUUUUUAUUUUUUAUUUUCCCAUGUAUAAAAAUCUACUUAAAAUAUAUUACAAUAAUUUGAAGAUGUUGGGCUAGAGACCUACUAGAAAUCUUCAUAGACUUUUUAUUUUAGGUCUCUAGUAUUAUGAAUAUUUAUAAUUUUUGGAAGCAAAAGUUGCAGAUACGGCUAGCACUUUGCCUCCCCCCCCCCCCUGAGUUAAUCCUGGUACGGUAGGUCGAGGAAUUACGGGAACCACUGAGUAUUUUGAUAAAAUACAAAACAAUAGAUACUCCGAAAAUUGAAAGCAUUUUGAAAAAUUUAAUGACGAAGUUAAUAACAUUAAAUGUUCAGUAACAGAUUUAAUAUUUACUAACACUAAGAUAAUAGAUAAAUCCGAUCACUGGUCGUUGAUACUUUAUCAAGAGUCUAUUGCUAUUAAUAGAAUGAAACCGUCCCUAAACCAUGGAACUAAAGCCUCUAAAGAUCUGUUAAUAUUUAACUAAUCGUAUCUUGUUACUUCACUAUAUAUACUUGUACAUAUGCAAUAUCAUAAUCAUUCAUUUCCUGAUGAUGACUAUAGUUUAGUCGAAACGUCGAAAUAAAUUUUUCAAAAUGCUUUUAAUUUUCGGAGUAUCUAUUGUUUUGUAGGUCGAGGAUUGGGUAUAUUUACUUAGGGUGGUGUUAGACUUGGUUAGCGUAAUAUAUUUACACAGUUUCUUUACUGUUUAUUGCUAGGCAAAAAUGCUGUCGAAAUGACGUUUGGGAAAAAACGAUCUGAAGUAAGUAGAAAAGUUAAUAUGAAUUAUCAUAUACUGUUAUUCAGGAUAAAAGAAGUUAGUUAGUUGGUUUAGGUUUCUUCCUGUAGUAACAAUGGAUCAAUAAGAGAUGAUUCUUACUAGACCUCUAGGAAGAACAGUUUAGAACUGAUAGAGCUAUCCAGUAUAAGUAAAGUUAGUUUAGUUUAGGUUUCCUCCUGUAGUAACACUGGAUCAAUAAGAGAUGAUCCUUACUAGAUCUCUAGGAAGAACAGUUUAGAACUGAUAGAGCUAUCCAGUAUAAAGAAAGUUAGUUUAGUUUAGGUUUCCUCCUGUAGUAACACUGGAUCAAUAAGAGAUGGUCUUUACUGAACCUGUAGGAAGAACAGUUUAGAACUGAUAGAGCUAUCCAGUAUAAAUAAAGUUAGUUUAGUUUAUAGGUUUCCUCCUGUAGUAACACUGGAUCAAUAAGAGAUGAUCCUUACUAGAUCUCUAGGAAGAACAGUUUAGAACUGAUAGAGUUAUUCAGCAUAAAUAAAGUUAGUUUAUAGUUUAGGUUUCCUACUGUAGUAACACUGGAUCAAUAAGAGAUGAUCCUUACUGGACCUCUAGGAAGAACAGUAUAGAACUGAUAGAGUUAUUCAGUAUAAAUUAAGUUAGUUUAGUUUAGGUUUCCUCCUGUAGUAACACUGGAUCAAUAAGAGAUGAUCCUUACUGGACCUGUAGGAAGAACAGUGUAGAACUGAUAGAGCUAUCUAGUAUAAAUUAUAAAGUUAGUUUAGUUUAGGUUUCUUCCUGUAUAGUAACACUAAAUUAAUAUGAGAUAUAUCUUACUGGACCUCUAGGGAGAACAGUUUAGAACUGAUCACAGCUAUCCAGCAUAAUAUACUCAUAGAAAAACUGUGUAAUAUAAUCAUGGUAUAAUAUUUUCUUUAUCUAAAUUAAGGUUACUGAAGACAAAAUUCGCAAUGAUAUUGCCGAUGGCUUGACAAUCAUUUGCAAGACAACAAACUGUAGUUUUGAUGAUAACACAGCCAGGUACGGUUCGUAUCGUUAAACAAGUUAUCAAUGGACCGAUACCCCAAUUAACCAAAAUUUUGAAUUCAACAAGUCUAGACAAAAAUUUCAUCACAGCUUGAAAGAACAUCACAAAAUUAGUAAUAUUCCAAAGUUUCGUUUUAAAAUGUUGUAAAAUGCGGAUAAUAUAGCCUUGCGAAGUUUGCAAUUUUCAGUCAUUUCAGAUUACAAACGGGAAAUGGUUACCACUUCCUUGAAAUUACAAACUUCGCAAGGCUAUAUAUUAUCCGCAUUUUACAACAUUUCGCAACGAAACUUUGGAAUAUUUCUAAUUUUGUGAUGCUCUUUCAUGCUGUGAUGAAAUUUUGUCUAGACUUGUUGAGUUCAAAUUUUGGUUAAUUGGGGAUUGGUCCAUUUUUGAAAACCAUAUAGUAUUCUUUAAUUAAAUCAAGGAUUUCUCGAUUUCUCACUCCAAAUGUAUAUGAAGUUCAUUUAACACAGUUACUUAAGGUGGCGACACCAAUAUUCGAUGUUCAAAGGAUGGAAAUUAUGGCCGAUUCAGACUACACAACUUUUUCCUAAAACUGUCGCAUGCAACCUGCUUACAACUUGAGCUGUACUGUGUAAAUCAAGCACACAACUCGCCUGAGACAACGUAGACAAGUUUUGUCCUUGAUUUACACAGUACAACUCAUGUUGUAAGCAGAUUGCAUGAGACAGUUUUAGGCGAAAGUUGUGUAAAGCUACGUUUACACGCUGCGAUUUGUCGGGCCGAUUUUGGUAAAUAAUCGAUGCCCCUUCUUCGACAUUUAGCGAUUUAAACGUUCAAUUCAAGCUGUCCGCUCUCUCGUCUGUUUAUAUUAUAGUUUUCUGCGUGCGAAAAGUUUUCAACAAUUUUACAACGGAAGAAAAAUCGUUGAAUCGUGAGAAAAAUCUGUGUUUUGUUACAGAUUUUUCUCCCGAUUUUGUGAAUCGCAAGGUGCUGACGCGAGUACUCACGACAGGUUAUUUACAUACAGCGAGCAAAAUCGGCCCGACAAAUCGCAGCGUGUAAACGUACCUUUUAACGGGUUUUUUAGUCAUUUACGAAAGAAUGCCGAACUAAAAAAUGUUGCAAAAACCUGGCAGGGAGCUGAGGGAGGGGGAUGUCCUGAAUUUGAAAGAAUAAUCUGUGAUGAUUGACUAUUUUUCUUUUGCAGUCGUAAAAGACGCGAAGCAGACAACUAUAAGUUCCUAGCCACACAUAUUAUCGUACUGAAGGUGGUGGACAGCUCAAAUAGCGUCGACACAGUGGUUGAAAUUUUUGUCCUCGACCCUACCUCGACCUCUCCUCUACCAGAUAAAGCAUUCUCCUCCGAAAAUCUCAAGAACUUGGUUGUGAUAAUGCAACAAAGAGGCGGCCUUUUGCCAUAUACACUGAAGUCUGUAGACAAGGUGAACCCUCCACAAGCCAGUAGUAAAAAAGAGCCCACUUCAAAGGCACCGGUCAUCGCUGGAGUCAUAAUUGCUGUUCUUGUACUCAUUGGUCUCGUCUUUGCCAUCUUGAUGUAUAUUCGACGCCGCAAGAAUAAAAAGUAAUUUUCUCUCAUUUUCAACUUUGAGAUAUGUUAUGGCAUGGAUAAUAAAAUAAAUGGAUAGGAAACUAGCUGACGUGAUCUAAUGUUUUCAAUGGGCUGAUGGCGUGGUUGGAUGUUGAAACCUAGUUGCAAACCAAAUUCUCAAAAACGGCAUGUUUAGCAAUAAUACAGCUAAACAUUUUAGUCAAAGAGCAAAUAAAUAUGACUACGCCAUUCUACGAUGAAAUCUCUAAGUAUUCCCAGUCAAUUUUAGCAAAUAUUAGCACUAAACAGUGAAAAAUGCAUCGCAAAUUUCGUUAAAAUUGGGGACGCCAAUUUCGUAGCUACAAAUGUAAAAAAAUACAAUACAAAGACGAAAAACAUUUACCUUGAAUACUUUGUCGUGGCUUAGGCAUGUUUUUAAAACAAUUAGACCAGUUUAUGCUUCAAUAUUACUCUUUUAAAGCAGAAAAUAUAGCGAAAACUUUGCAAUACGCGUGGCGUCACGGAUUGCAACCAGGUUGUUUUUGCUUACGUCAGCUAGAGUCCUAUCCAUUUAUUUUAUUAUCCAUGGUUAUAGUAAACAAUGGUCCGUGAAACACCUUCCAAAUCGAAUCCUAUAAAUUGCAUUUCAAACGUACCAUUUUUGCGCGCAAACCAUUCCUAAAGGCCGUUUUCCACACUAGGCGGAAUUUUCCGCGCGGAGCGGAAUUUAUCUUUGUCUUGUGAUUUCUCGGGUGGAACCAGCCUAGACACUAGGCUUUUUCCGGCGCGGCCGUCUCAUUUUAUGACGUCACAGAGAUGUCCAGUCUUCUUGCGUUAAAAUGGAGAGUAAAAAUCGGAAGGCAUAGUGUCUAGGCUGGGGUGGAACUAAUUGGAAAAGACAAAGAGGAAUUCCUCUCCGCGCGCAAAAUUCUGCCUGGUGGAAAAGGCCUUUAAGUGGUUUUGAAACCAAUCUCAAAUGUUGUAUGACGGAACUUUCUCUAAGCCGCAUUUUAGUAAUUCUGUAUUUGAAUAAAUUAGACCAUAUAGGCUCAGUACAAAAAGAUUAUUUUAAUAACUACGUUUCGGAGUAUAACUCCAUCUUCAGGUUAAAAAGUAACUAAAGAUAUAAAACUUUAAAAACAAUUACAAUUUUAGACAAAAUCCGUUAGGAUUGCGUAUAAUAGCUGACGUGCGCUUCAAACUAAUCCGUGUCCGUGCGCGCGCUUAAUUUUUUGUCCAUGGCGUGUCCGUGAGAGCGUUAAAAUUUCGUGUCCGUGCUUGCAUAUGUAAUUACAUUAAACUAUAUACAAAAUCCCUUAACUUCCUGCAGCUCAUUCUUUGAGUUCAGGUCAGGUUGCAUUCUUUCAAUGUAGAAUGCCUCUGACCUUUCUUUCCAAUGUUCCUUUUGUUUUCUUCAACAUCGAUGGAAUAAGCUUAGGGAAUUGACCCGAGUGUAACUGUUUGUAGUGUUUCGAGAAUGCCAUACGUUGGUAAGAUUUCGCAUCGGGAUUUCUCGCAGAGCGAAGAUGUUCAUUGAACCUCACAGCGAAUGGUCGGCAUGGAAUUUACGUGGGAGAAACCGGGAGCAGACGAGUUUAAUAUGAAUCCGGGAGCAGACGAGUUUCCCGUCCGAACUUUCCCGUCUAACUUACCCGUCUAAACAGACGGGAAAGUUAGACGGGAAUCUCAUCUAGACGGGAAACUCGUCUUAAAUUCGAAUUUACCCGUCCCUAAAUUCAUAUUCAGACGGGUUUUCGCAGCGAGCAACGCCAUCAAUUGCCAUCACUAGGUAAUAAAGAUUACUGUUUUAACCGUUUUUAAAUGCCACAGGUCCAAAUAAUGGGUCAUCGCAACAGGAAGACACAACGUAAAAAACAAAAGCGUAAAAUAUUUGCACAAUAAUUGCAGAAUAUGCAGCGUACACUUUGAGCACAGAGUAGAGACAUACAGAGACGUAACUAGUGUACCCACUUUUUUUGUGCGCAUGCUCGGCAAGUUACUAGAUGCAUGCAUCUGAUUGGAUGACGACCUGAUGACGACUCACUUUAAACUUGCUGAGCACGCGCAGUUGAUCAUUUUUCGCCCGGUCGCCUGAAAAAAAGUGGGUACAUGAUAACGUAAUCUUCCGCAGUGUUUACAAUGGUCAGUUACAUCUCUGUAUGUCUUAUCUACUCUGUGCUUUGAGCAUGUUUUUCGAAUUUCAAGAAAAACCGUUGAUUUGAGGAAUUGACGCUGACGAACGCUGACGUGAUGUUCGCAGCAAGUGUCACACACGUCAUCUAGCGUGCAAAAUUCGUGAUCCGCAAGGCAAAAAUCGCGGACACGAAAAUGUUAAGGAAAGGUGUACAGUGAGGCUUCUGGUCUAUUAUAUCACAGAGUAGAUACACAACCAGAAGUGUCACUCAGACGAUAAUUUGUCCGAAAUUUUACGAGUGCUGACGUGAAAAUACGCCAUCAUAUGACGCCAUCCUGGAGUGCACACGGAAGUUUUUCAUAGGAAAACAUAGGUACAAAGUGCCGUGUGCACUCCAGGAUGGCGUCAUUGCACGUAAAAAAAUUUCGGACGUUUUCCUUCAGUCAAAACACAUAGAAGUGUCCCUUCUGGUCCGGUAUCUAUUCUGUGAUUAUAUAUUCUAUGGUUUGAAGCGCACGUCAGCUAUUAUACGCAAUCCUAACGGAUUUUGUCUAAAAUUGUAAUUGUUUUUAAAGUUUUAUAUCUUUAGUUACUUUUUAACCUGAAGAUGGAGUUAUACUCCGAAACGUAGUUAUUAAAAUAAUCUUUUUGUACUGAGCCUAUAUGGUCUAAGUUAUUCAAAUACAGAAUCUCAAAUGUGUUUUACCGAAUUCUUCUGUUUACAGUCCGGCUCCUCCAGUCCAGUUCAACAGUGCUGGCGACGGUGGAAUGCACAUUGGACAGCCAGCUCCUGCUGUCUCGAAUCCUCAAUAUGAAAAUCCCGAAGCAAUUCGCGACGGUCUUCAACACGGCUUUGUUAACCAAGGUAAACAAUGCAUUUAUUAAUACUACUACUACUACUGUCAUAAAUUAUUUCCUUAGACUUAGUAAAAUAUUCCUGCUUGAGGGCAGCCACCUACUUUCUCACAACAGCCAAUGAAAAAAAAUGAAAACCCUGGAUACUUGAUGAGAAAAAUGAGCUUAAAUUUUAUGCACGGUUAUGUUUUCAUUUGUGUGCUUUUCAUGAAUCAUUACAAUCUUUUUACAGUAUACAACGACGUCCACGCACCCCCACCGUAUUACGAGAGCUCCCCUGUGCAUAAACCCGCCGUUUAUGAGACCCCUCCCCCUCACGUCUAUGAAAGACCCGACGGGGAACAGGCGGGGGCAUUGCCCGCCAAGGAUAAGCUGCCUGAUGAUGCCGUGGUCGACAUCAUCCCCCCGAAACAGGUAGCUCUUGAGAAGCCUGUAAAAGCGGACUCCCCCAUGAAGUUCUUCCAUAAACGCGGGACCAUACCUAAUGCGUACGAGGUGCCUGACAUACGCGGAGCUCAGCGUUCCGCUACUCCAGAGGACGAAGCUGAUAUGAAGUGAGUAUAGUUGGUUUUGCGUUUUGUUUAAGGUUACAGAACACCUUUGAUUGUUAAUUUUGUCUAAAUUUUUUUUAUUGGUUUCCAUGAAAGCAUUAGACUGGUUCUACUAUCUGACCAAGUUUGAACGAAAAAUGUUGAAAACUCGCAGAGUUAUUUAAUAAAAUACAUUUCGCUGUAAUAAGAAAAACAUUGAAAAUGUAAUAUUCAAAUUCAAUUUUCUCCCGAAGAAUUUUACGGCAAUUACUGAUUUUCAAACGAGUUGUUCUCCUGCGGGUUUUAACGAAUUUUUCUCAAAUUUUCACCGGACAUAGCUACAUUGUGUUCGGCUUUUUUCUAAUUUUGGAUAUUUUAAUAAUAACGAGCAAUUCACUCAAACGAUUCAGAAAUAUAUUGCAGUCGUCAAAGAAAUUGCCAUAUCAGCGGAAUGACGAAAUAAACAAAAAUUUCCGAACACAAUUUUUUAGAACAACUAUUUUACUGUACAAAAAUUAUAUUUUCAUUAAUAUAUCUUAAAACCAGCAGGAACAUAACUCAAAAGCGUAAAGGUACCGCGAUUUAAGAUUUUCCUGAAUAAUUCUUAUAUUAUUUCAUUGUUUGUCAAUUUUACAACUUUACCAUAUUUUGCAUGCACUGGAGAACAUUUGGUGAAAAUUUGACGAAAAUCGGACUGAUAUUGAGCGCGCAGUAGCGAUUUUCCGCAAAACGCCCAAAAGGGUGUCCUGUAACCUUAAAUGGAUGCGUGCUGAAGGCCAAUUUAGACUACACAACUUUUGCCUAAAACUGUCGCAUGCAACCUGCUUACAACUUGAGUUGUACUGUGUAAAUCAAACACACUAAGUACACAUUGAGUACUGAGUUUGUACUAGCGCAAGUACGCGGCAACAACCAUUGGCGUACCAGUCAGGUACGACUAGAAAUCUUGAAUGAUCGCACCCUGUAUCCAGUAUAAAUGCAGUUACUUAAACUAGAUCUUCUAAAUAUUUCCCAGAUUGGAACCACCACCGAAAUUCGACGAUGCUAAACUUCAAGUGAUACGAGAGAAGACAGCCUCCUCUAUUUUGCCAAAUGUCCCUCGAAAGAAAAAAGUUAAUCCCAUGGAUGGCAACGCUAACGAGACCACAGGAGGCGAAGGAGCAUCCCAUUACCAGAAUGUCGGCAACGUCACGGAUGAGCAAAGCGAAACUUAGGAUGUUCGCGUAAUACAUUCCUGUAUUAACUUGAUUCGAUAGAUAAUGUAGUUAAGUUUUGACUUGUAAUCCGCCACUUUGUACAUGAAAUGUACGUGAUUAGCACGUGUACUCUGCAAAAUAUUCCUGAGUAUUUUGGCCCAAGAAUUUGAAUACCAGUGACUCAGAAGUUUUAGGAGAAAAACUUAUGAGCAAUUAUGAGCGCAUUACAAUUUACUUGUUUAGUAAAGUUUCAAAGUUUUUCGAGUGAAGAUUUAGUUUACUCAAAAAUGAGUAAAUGGGUUCAUUAAUAUUUUACGCGAUUUUAUUUCAAGAGUAUUUUGCAGUGUAAUAAGUAUCGUAUGACUUGCACAUGUGUAAUGUAUCAUACCCCAUGAUUUUCAUUUUUACCAUGUAUUCAUAACUCAUAAAGUUGAUUUUUUUUAACUGUAAUGCCAUAAAUAAUAGACAAUAGUCACAAAUAGCAGUUGUCUUGUAACUUGUUACAAAGUUGUUCCAGCAAGCUGAUAUCAAGUUGUGUUGUUCAUCAAAGCUUUCACAAGGUUCACCGUCAGUCGCUUUGUGUAGUACUUGAAAUAUCAAUCAAUGGGCCUAUUACCUAAUAACCAAAAUUUUGAUCUCAACAAGUCUAGACAAAAAUUUCACCACAGCUUGAAAGAGCAUCACAAAAUUAGUACUAUUUCAAAGUUUCGUUGCGAAGUUUGCCGUUUUUCAAUCAUUUUGUUUACGCAUGGGAAAUUGGUUCCGCUUUCUGAGAAAAGGUAUCAAUUUCCCGUGCUUGAUACAAUGACUGAAAAACGGCAAACUUCGCAGGGUUAUAUUAUCCGCAUUUUACAACAUUUUGCAACGAAACUUCGGAAUAUUACUAAUUUUAUGAUGCUCUUUCUGACAUGGGCGUACCGGAAGGAAAAAAUUAGGGGGGCGGAAAGAAAAUUGCCCGACUUUUCGUGAUUCUGCCCGACUAGUACCAAAAAUUUUUUUCCGGAAAAAUUAUUUUGGCGACCUCCCACAACCAAUUCUUUCGGAACAUAACACAAAUUUUCGUAAAAUCACAAAAUUUGCAAAAAAAUUGACUUGAUUUUAGACAAAAUUUACAGAAUUUGUCCCAUUUUUUUUUAUUGCAAACAAAAAUUGCUCGACUGUUGAUCGAAUAUUGCCCGACUGCCCAAAAAACUGGGGGGCUACCGCCCCCGCCCGGUACGCCUAUGACUCUUUCAAGCUUCACAGCUUUUUGUCUAGACUUGUCUAUAUCAAAAUUUUGUUUAUUAGGUAACAGGUCCAUUCUGCUCUCCUUUCUCCACUUUUAAAAGCAAAGUUAUUUUUCCUCAAACUGGGCUACUUUAUAGCCUGGUUCUUUUCGAAAACAACGUACUAUUUCGUAAAACCGAUUUAGUUAUUUACCAUCUUAGAUCUUGAAGGUAUCUUGUUGAAGAAUGAAAGUAGUAAUACAUUAUAAUUUGGUUAGAGAGCUUAGUUCUGUUGCCUACCUAAUCAAUAUGCACUGGUUAAUUUGGAUGACUUUUUCUGUGUUGUCUAUUUGUGUAGUCUAUAUCACCAGAAAGAUUUUAAACUGCAAAUCGUAACGAUUUCAUGAUUUGGAAUUUUUAAAUUCAUUAUAGCCAAUGUAACAAUACUCAUUUUAGUUCGUAUCACGUUUAGACAGAAUUUCGAAUUUUUACUACUCCUGCAGUCCAUUCUAGUGAACGUUUGUAGAAAUUACGAUUAAUAAAACAAUUAAACAAAUACUAGGUAACCCC